AUGGGCCUGCCAGAAAAGAUUGAAACGCGCCUCUUCAUCAAUGGAGAAUUUGUCGAAUCAUCCAAUGGCAAAACAUUCGACAUAAUAAACCCCUCCACAUUGAAGCUGGUCGCCAAGGUACACGAGGCAUCUGAGCAAGACACCGACAAUGCUGUGGCCGCUGCCAAAGCUGCGUUCCCUGCCUGGUCUGCACUAUCUCCAGAUCAAAGAGGCCAGUACUUCAAAAAGCUGGCGAAGCUCAUCCGGGAAAACAACGAUGAAUUGGCUACUCUGGAGGCAAGCUCUAUGGGUCGUCCCGUAACCGAGUUUUUCGAAGGAAAUGCCGCCGCCGCCAAGUGGGAUCGCUACGCAGAAAUUGGGUACAAUGUGCAAGGCACGACUAGCGUGGCUACUCCAGGCUAUGUCAACAUGACAUUACGCCAGCCAUAUGGUGUCGUGGCCGCCAUCAUUCCAUGGAACGUACCCUUGUAUUUCAUGGCAGCCAAAUUAGCGCCGGCAUUGAUUACAGGAAACACAACCGUCUUGAAGAGCUCUGAAAAGGCGCCGUUGACGUCAGCUAAAGUCGCGGCCUUGGUACAGCAGGCAGGAUUCCCCCCUGGUGUGAUCAAUAUCAUCACGGGCUUCGGAAAUGUCAGCGGAUCCAUUCUGAGUAGCCACAUGGAUGUCAGAGCUCUGUCGUUCACUGGGUCUAGUCGCACAGGACGCAUCAUCCAAGCCGCUGCCGCCAAGUCCAAUUUGAAGCAAGUGUACCUUGAGCUUGGUGGCAAGUCACCAGCAAUCGUUUUCGAAGAUGCCGACAUUGAGAAGGCUGUAAAGGACACAGCGCACAGUGUUCAGUGGAACAGCGGGCAGGUUUGCAUGGCCAACUCUCGUGUGUAUGUUCAGGAUACAAUCGCCGACAGGUACAUUGAGCUUUUCAAGCAACGCUUUGAAAACGAUACCAAGAUGGGCGACCCACUCGAUGCGGGUGAGAGUGGCGUCAAUCACGGUCCACAGGCAGAUGAGGCGCAGCACAAGACGAUCAUUCAGUAUUUGGAAUCGGGGAAACAGUCUGGUGGAGAACUCAUCACGGGUGGUGGAGCCCCGUCAGAUCGCCAAGGCUACUACAUCCAACCUACCAUUUUCAAGAACACGCCAGAAGACGCCAAGAUCAUGAAAGAGGAGAUUUUUGGUCCUGUCGUCAGCAUCAAUGUGUUCAAAUCAGAGGAUGAAGUCCUUGCAAAAGCCAACGCAACCGAGUUCGGAUUGUAUGCGUCGGUAUUUACAAAAGAUAUCGACCGAGCAAUGCGUUUCGCAAAGGCCCUCGAAGCUGGCACGGUUGGUAUAAAUUGUACCUCGCCUGUGACUGCCGUGGACAUGCCGUUUGGUGGAUACAAGUCAUCAGGAUCGGGUCGUGAGGGCGAGCCAUUGUACUCUCUUGACAACUUCCUGGAGACGAAGACGUCCCAGGCCCAUGUCGUUACUGUGCUCGCACAGGGGCUGUCUGCACCAUCGCCACCCCAAGGAGAAAGAGACCCUACUAUCAUGUCACCGAAGAAGACCAUCAAGGACGGCACUUUCAAUGCUGAACCUGUCCAGCAUACAGAAGGCCUCUUCACGAGUGCCCAUCCCUCGCCCGACGAUGGCGAAAGCGUCGAAGAUGGCGAGGAGCAGGAUGUCCAGGAGCUCCACGAGCCUCUAGGAUGUAUGAUGAAGGACUCUAGAGGAAAGUUCCGCUACGUCGGUGCUCAUAGUGAGAUACCCUUCAACGCUGCAGUGGCAACCCUGGGUAUGCAAAGGAAGAACCCCUCCAUCAUCCCAACGCCCAAGGUAGGAUCAUAUCCGCCUACGCUUGCGACUGCAUCACCGGCCACUACCCCAGGAGGCGUAGAAGAGAGCUACUAUCUACCCGGCCGAGAACUGUGUGAUGUUUACAUCUCGCGCUUCUUGGAAGAAGUUCACUGCAUAUUUUGGCUCUACCCCGUUGAAACAUUGUUGCGGCGUGUGGACAGCACAUACUCCGAGUCAGCGCCACGUUCGUCAAGCUCCUGGAUGUGCUCCCUCUACAUCAUGUUUGCCAUGGGCGCUGCGAACUAUGUAGGCGAUAAUGGCAAGUCUCCGCCACCAGACUGGCCAGCUGCGUUGGACUUGAAGACUUCUGAGGACUACAUCACGCUUGCCAAACAACUCAUUCCCACAGUGUACGACGAGGCUGACAUUGACAGCAUCCGUGCCAUGGCCAUGAUGUCUCUUGCCAUGGAAACCUUAUGCUCCAGAGUCAGCUCCUACUUGUACAUGGGAGCCAGUGUGCAGAUGGCGUAUUCACUCGGUUUACAUCGCGACCAGACGGCAGAAAGUGCUAGCGCAAUGGAUCGAGAACAGAAUCGCAGGAUUUGGUGGUCACUUUUCAUGCUCGAUCAAGAGAUCUCGUCUAGAGGCGGCAGCCCAACCGUUAUCGACGAGCGCUUCACCAAAGUCACCACGCUCAUGCCCUCCGAGCAGAUUCUAUAUCCAGGACUACACACACCACUAGCGUGGCUAACGACAGCAGUUUCUCUUUGUCGAUUGAAGCGCGACAUCAUCCAAUCCGUCUACAUGGAGCGCUCAUCAAAUUCGAUAUCCUUCUCAACAGUAUCAAACUCGCUACUCCUACUCCAGAAAUGGUAUCGUCAAGUUCCAGCGCAUCUCAAAUACGACGUACCUUCACCCCCUACGCAUAAACGCGCAGUCGCCAUAAUACACCUCCAAUACUGGAGCACUACAAUUCUCCUAACCCGACCCUUCCUCCUCUACCUCGUCAUAAAGUACAGCACACUAGCGUCAAGUAAAAAGAUAUGGUUCGAGCGCAUGGGCAAAACAUGCAUUGACGCAGCACAGAAAAGCGCUGCGAUCCUAGCGCAAAUGGCGGAUGACGGUGUACUAUCUAGCUUGACGGCUUUCGAUAGCACAUGCAUCCUGCGACUACUCAUGGUUUUUGUACUUGCAUACGCGCAUACAAGAACACCGCAAUACAACGCAAACAUCGAGAAGCUAGUAUCGAUUAUCCGCGGUAUGGAGCAGAUUGGCUUUACGAAAAUGGUCACUGAGGAAACACCGAUGCGCCUUGCAGAACUGGGCAUACCGGAGCGUGUGAGCCCGAGCAAUGGAGAUGCGAAUGCACCCGUGCAUUUGGAUGACGACAUGAUUGCCCAGCUUUGGGGAAACUGGGACCCCAACUUCAUGACGCCGUUGCAAGCACAGCAGAGUCUGGACUUGACAUUUGACGAUUCUGGCGCUUUCGAUAUCAACUCAGAGAUCUUGGCGUUUACAAAUCUGGACGAGUCGAUUGUUAUCGACCCGGUGCAUGCGUAUUCGCAUUUUGAAAUGCAGCAAUGA